UGAACCGAAAGAAGCUAAUUAGCUAUAGCAUAUAGCUAACUGGGUAGCCAGUUAGCAAUAACAAGUUAGCUAGCAUUGAAAGAACAACUUAAAACGAGAGAAUAAGCUGGAGACCAACAGAAGAAGCUCACGGAGGAGCAGAAUAUAGAAACUAGUGACCAUGAAAGUUGACAGAAGCAAGUUAAAGAAGACCCCCACAGAAGCGCCUACUGACUGCAGGACGCUGAUCGAGAAGCUAAAAGGAUGCAGUGACGACCAGCUGCUGCUGGAGCUCCAGCAAAUAAAAACCUGGAACAUCGGCAAGUGUGAGCUCUACCAUUGGGUGGAUCUGCUGGACCGGUUCGAUGGGAUCCUCUGCGAUGCCGGACAGACCGUUGAGGGCAUGUCCUGGCUGCUGGUGUGCGACCAGCCGGACAGCACCCACCACCCAGAGAGCACCCACCUCAAAGCCCUCCUGCUGGCUGUGCUCAACUUCACAGCCCUGCUGAUAGAGUACAGCUUCUCUAGACACCUCUACAGUUCUAUAGAGCACUUGACCACCCUACUGGCAUCAUGUGACAUGCAGGUGGUCCUGGCGGUGCUGAACCUGCUCUACGUUUUCAGCAAGAGGUCCAAUUACAUCACCAGGCUGGGUUCUGACAAGAGAGCCCCACUGCUGGCUCGCCUGCAGCACCUGGCCGAGAGUUGGGGAGGAAAGGAGAAUGGCUUUGGUCUGGCUGAGUGCUGUAGGGACCUGCCAAUGACGAAAUAUCCCCCCAGUGCCACUACACUGCACUUUGAGUUCUAUGCUGAGCCAGCGUCUGAUGUGAAAGUGGAAAGAAAGACGAGCAGCAACACGUUACACUACAUUCACAUAGAACAGCUAGACAAGAUAUCAGAGAGCCCCUCCGAGAUCAUGGAGUCUCUGACCAACAUCUACAGCAUCCCCAAGGACAAGCAGACCCUGCUGUUCACACACAUUCGCCUGGCGCACGGCUUCUCUACACACAGGAAGCGGCUACAGGCCGUACAGGCCCGCCUGCACGCCAUAUCUAUACUGGUGUACUCCAAUGCGCUCCAGGAGACGGCCAACAGCAUCCUGUACAAUGGCCUGAUAGAGGAGCUGGUGGAUGUGCUGCAGAUCACAGACAAACAGCUGGUGGACAUCAAGGCUGCUUCCCUGCGCACGCUGACCUCGAUAGUCCACCUGGAGCGAACGCCCAAGCUCUCCAACAUCAUCGACUGCACCGGCACCGCGUCCUAUCACGGCUUCCUGCCUGUGCUCGUGCGCAACUGCAUACAGGCCAUGAUCGACCCCCUGAUGGAGCCCUACCCUCAUCAGUUUGCCACAGCGCUCUUCUCCUUCCUGUACCACCUCGCCAGCUACGAUGCUGGGGGAGAGGCCCUGGUGUCCUGCGGCAUGAUGGAGGCCCUGCUCAAGGUGAUAAAGUUCCUGGGGGACGAGCAGGAUCAGAUCACUUUUGUGACGCGUGCGGUCAGAGUGGUGGACCUCAUCACCAACCUGGACAUGGCUGCCUUCCAGUCCCACAGCGGCCUUUCCAUCUUCAUCUGCAGGCUGGAGCACGAGGUCGACCUCUCCAGGAAAGAGUGUCCUUUCGUCAUCAAGCCAAAGACCCAGAGGCCCGGCACGGCUGCAGAAACAGAGGACAUGGACACAGACAUGGAGGUCUCCGACGUCGCCAUGGAGAGCAGCCCAGGGCCCUCGACCUCUACAGAGCCCAGACCAGACAUUGAUAGCCGAGCGCAGAGCAGCACUUACACGCCCAGAGCAGGAGUGCAGUGCAUCCCGCAAAGGGCAGCUCUGUUGAAGUCCAUGCUCAACUUCCUGAAGAAAGCCAUUCAGGACCCUGCCUUCUCUGACGCCAUUCGCCAUGUAAUGGACGGGUCCCUGCCUACCUCACUUAAACACAUCAUUAGUAACGCAGAGUACUACGGCCCUUCUCUGUUCCUGCUGGCGACGGAGGUGGUGACGGUGUUCGUGUUCCAGGAGCCCUCGCUCCUCUCCUCCCUGCAGGAUAACGGGCUGACGGACGUCAUGCUGCACGCUCUGCUCAUCAAAGACUUUCUCUCCCUGCAGGUCCCCGCCACGCGGGAGGUGUUGGGUUCGCUGCCCAACGUGUUCAGCGCGCUGUGCCUGAACGCGCGGGGCCUGCACUCCUUCGUCCAGUGCCAGCCGUUCGAGCGCCUCUUCAAGGUGCUGCUGUCCCCCGACUACCUGCCCGCCAUGCGCCGCCGCCGCAGCUCCGACCCGCUCGGAGACACUGCAUCUAAUCUGGGCAGUGCGGUGGAUGAGCUGAUGAGGCACCAGCCCACCCUGAAGACUGACGCCACCACCGCCAUCAUCAAGCUGCUGGAGGAGAUCUGCACCCUGGGUCGGGCCGCAGAGUACAUCUGCCAGAAGCCGUCUAUCCAGAAGGCGGACGGGUCCGUGUCCGCGCCCCCGGCCCGGUCCAGCCACGCCGCGGAGGAGGCCUCCAGCGAAGACGAAGAGGAAGAGGAGGCUCUGCACUCCUUCACUCAGCAGGGGGAGCCAGAGAGCAACAGACAGGUCGUUGGCACUGAGGAGCGCAUUCCCAUCCCCCUGAUGGACUACAUCCUUAACGUUAUGAAGUUUGUAGAGUCGAUCCUCAGCAAUAACACCACAGACGACCACUGCCAGGAGUUUGUGAGUCAGAAGGGCCUGCAGCCGCUGGUGUCCAUCCUGGGACUGCCCAACCUGCCCAUCGACUUCCCCACCUCUGCUGCCUGCCAGGCCGUCGCUGGGGUCUGCAAGUCCAUACUGACCCUGUCCCACGAGCCCAAGGUGCUGCAGGAGGGCCUGUGUCAGCUGGACCUGAUCCUGACGGCGCUGGAGCCCCUGCACCGGCCCAUCGAGGCCCCCGGGGGCUCUGUGCUGCUCCGCGAGCUGGCCACCGCCAGUCACGUGACCGACGCCACGCUGUCCGCCCGCGCCACGCCCCUGCUGCACGCGCUCACCGCCGCGCACGCCUACAUCAUGAUGUUCGUCCACACCUGCAGAGUCGGCCAGAGUGAGAUCAGGGUGAUCUCAGUGAACCAGUGGGGUUCCCAGCUGGGGCUGACGGUUCUGAACAAGCUGAGCCAGCUGUACUGCUCCCUGGUGUGGGAGAGCACCGUCCUGCUGUCCCUCUGCACGCCCAACAGUCUGCCCCCAGGUUGCGAGUUUGGCCAGGCUGACAUGCUGAAGCUGGUGCCCAAAGAGGAGCGGCCGGCCGGCAGCACAGCGCCCCCUGCUGCCCCGGGUGUCCGGAGGACAGGUAAGGAGAGCGAGGGCGUGGACACGUCAGCCCAGGGCCUGCUGGAGGGCAUGGGGCUGGACGGCGACACGCUGGCCCCCAUGGAGACGGACGAGCCCACAGCCACCGACCCCAAAGCCAAGCCCAAACUCACCCCGGCCAUGGCCGCCCGCAUCAAACAGAUCAAACCACUGCUCUCAGCCUCCUCCCGUUUGGGCCGGGCCCUGGCUGAGCUGUUCGGGCUGCUGGUGAAGCUCUGUGUGGGCUCCCCGGUGCGGCAACGCCGCUCCCACCACGCCCCCAGCACCGGCACCGCCCCCACGCCCGCCGCCCGCUCCACGGCCUCGUCCCUCACCAAGCUGCUGACCAAGGGCCUGAGCUGGCAGCCGCCCCCCUACACGCCCACCCCACGCUUCAGACUGACGUUCUUCAUCUGUUCGGUGGGGUUCACGUCCCCGAUGCUGUUCGAUGAGAGGAAGUACCCCUACCACCUCAUGCUGCAGAAGUUCUUCUGCUCUGGAGGACACGACGCACUCUUCGAGACCUUUAACUGGGCGCUGUCGAUGGGCGGGAAGGUGCCGGUGUCAGAGGGUCUGGAGCACUCUGAGCUGCCCGACGGCACGGGCGAGUUCCUGGACGCCUGGCUGAUGCUGGUGGAGAAGAUGGUGAACCCCAGCACCGUGCUGGACUCCCCUCACGCCCUGCCCGCCAAGACGCCCGCCGCCACGCCCAGCACCACGCCCGCCGCCCCGCAGUUCAGCGCCCUGCGCUUCCUCAUCGUCACGCAGAAGGCGGCCUUCAGCUGCAUCCGCAGCCUGUGGAACCGGCGGCCGCUGAAGGUGUACGGGGGCCGCAUGGCGGAGUCCAUGCUGGCCAUCCUGUGCCACAUCCUGCGGGGCGAGCCCACCAUCCGCGAGCGCCUGGCCAAGGAGCGCGAGGGCGGGGCGCGGCCCGAGGAGGAGGCCCCCGCCCCGGGAGCCGCCGGGGCCCCCAGCGCUCCCCCCGGACCCGCUGGAACGGGCGGGGCCACGGGGGCCACCACGGCCGCCGGGGCCCCGCCGGCGGCGGGGACGGCCGAGGAAGGGACCGCCUCCACCCCCAGGAGAGAGCCCCAGGUCAACCAGCAGCAGCUCACGCAGCUGAUGGACAUGGGUUUCUCCAGAGAGCACGCCAUGGAGGCCUUGCUCAACACCAGCACCAUGGAGCAGGCCACCGAGUACCUGCUGACUCACCCCCCUCCCAUGCUGAGCGGAGUUGCCCGGGAUCUGACCAUGUCUGAAGAGGACCAGAUGAUGCGAGCGAUCGCGAUGUCAUUGGGACAGGAAGUCAGCAUGGAGCAGCGCUCUGACUCACCAGAGGAGGCGGCGAGGAGGCGCGAGGAGGAGGAGCGGCGGGCGCGGGAGCGGGCCGAGGAGGAAGAGGCGCGCUGCCUGGAGCGCUUCCUGGAGGCGGAGCCUCUGGACUCGGCCGAGCUGCACGCGUUCACAGACACCAUGCUGCCCGGCUGCUUCCACCUGCUGGACGAGCUGCCCGACACCGUGUACCGCGUGUGCGACCUGCUCAUGACCGCCAUCAAGCGGAGCGGCCCCGAGUACCGUGACCUCAUCCUCCGCCAGGUCGUCAACCAGGUGUGGGAGGCAGCCGAUGUCCUGAUCAAAGCAGCUGUUCCUCUGACCACCAGCGACACAAAGACCGUGUCGGAGUGGACCAGUCAGAUGGUGACCCUGCCACAGGCCUCCAACCUGGCCACACGCAUCCUGCUGCUCACCCUGCUGUUUGAGGAGCUGAAGCUGUCGUGUGCGAGGAUUGUGGAGAGCAGUGAGAUUCUCAACGUGCUGAUUAAGCUGCUGGAGGUGGUGCAGCCCACCCUGCAGGCUGCCAAGGAGCAGAAGGACGUUCAGACGCCCAAGUGGAUGACCCCAGUGCUGCUGCUCAUCGACUUUUACGAGAAGACCGCGGUCUCCUCCAAACGCAGAGCGCAGAUGAACAAGUACCUGCAGCCGAACGGGAAUAACUGGCGCUGGUUUGACGACCGGUCGGGCCGCUGGUGCAGCUACAGCGCCAGCAACAACAGCACCAUCGACUCGGCCUGGAGGGCCGGGGAGAGCAGCGUGCGCUUCACCGCCGGCCGCCGCAGAUACACCGUGCAGUUCAACACCAUGGUGCAGGUGAACGAGGAGACAGGUAACCGGCGGCCGGUGAUGCUGACGGUGCAGAGGGUGCCUCGCACCCCCAAACCCUCCAAGAACGGAAGCAUCACCGACAUGGAGAGAGAGGGGGAGGAAGGAGAGAGAGAGCGAGGGAAGGAGGAGGAGACUCAGGCUGAUGCAGAUUCGGCCUCCGUCACCGUGGAGAUGAACGCCCCCAAAGACGGGCAGGAGCCCUCGCCCCCGCCCCCGCGCCCCGCCCCGGACGGCCCCGCGGUGCCGGCGGCGGUGGUGGCGGACGCGGCUCAGGCGGGCGGGGCGGUGAUCCAGGGCCUGACGGGCGAGAUGACCACGGUGCUGAUCCGCGCCUGCGUCAGCAUGAUCGGGGUGCCUGUGGACCCGGACACGCUCCACGCCACGCUGCGGCUGUGCCUGCGUCUGACGCGCACGCACCGCUACGCCAUGAUGUUCGCCGAGCUCAAGAGCACCCGCAUGAUCCUGGGCCUCACGCAGAGCUCCGGCUUCAACGGCUUCACCCCGCUCGUCACGCUGCUGUUCCGCCACGUCAUCGAGGACCCCGCCACCCUGCGCCACACCAUGGAGAAGGUGGUGCGGUCAGCGGUGACCAGCGGGGCGGGCAGCACCACCUCGGGCGUGGUGUCGGGCAGCCUGGGCUCCAGGGAGAUAAACUACAUCCUGCGGGUGCUGGGGCCGGCCGCCUGCCGCAACCCCGAGUGCUUCACCGACACGGCCAACAGCUGCGUCCGCAUCGCCCUGCCCGCUCCCCGAGGCACCGGCACCGCCUCAGAUGAUGAGUUUGAGAACUUGCGGAUUAAAGGUCCAAACGCCGUGCAGCUGGUGAAGACCACACCCCUCAAGCUGUGUCCCCUGCCCCCCAUUCCUGACCCCAUCAAAGACGUGAUUUACGACAUGCUCAACGCCCUGGCCGCCUACCACGCCCCCGAAGAGGCAGAGCGAGGUGAGGCUCGGGCAGUGACGGGCUCUGGAGCUCCAGACCUGUGCCAGAUCCUGCAGGACGUGGGAGACAAUGUUUACCAGCAGUACAGACUCACGCGGCAGGGCAGCGACUUUGACUCACAGACCGCCUUCAACAUCAAUUCUCAGGUGUUUGCUGCAGAUGGAAGUGCUGCAGAGUCAUCUCAGUCUGGGACGCCACAAGGCGAAGCCUCGACCCCAGAGGAGAGUCGGGAGGGGAAGAAGGACCGGGAGGGGGAGAGGGGCGCGGGCUCGGAGGACAGCCGGGGGGCCAAGGCCAGCAAGCCCCUGAUGCCCACCUCCACCAUCCUGCGGCUGCUGGCCGAGCUGGUGCGCUCCUACGUGGGCAUCGCCACCCUCAUCGCCUCCUACUGCUACACCGCCGGCCAGUCCGAGCUCAUCAAAGAGGACUGCAGUGUUCUGGCGUUCGUGUUGGACCACCUGCUGCCUCACACGCAGAACUCGGAGGAUAAGGACACCCCUGCACUGGCGCGGCUCUUCCUGGCCAGCCUGGCGGCCGCGGGGACCGGCACCGACGCACAGGUGGCCCUGGUGAACGAGGUGAAGGCAGCGCUGAGCCGCGCGCUGGCCAUGGCAGAGAGCACCGAGAAACACGCACGGCUGCAGGCAGUGAUGUGCAUCAUCAGCACCAUCAUGGAGUCCUGCCCGUCCACCUCCAGCUUCUACAGCACCGCUGCCGCCAAGACGCAGCACAACGGCAUGAACAACAUCAUCCGCCUCUUCCUCAAGAAGGGCCUGGUGAACGACCUGGCCAGAGUCCCACACAGCCUCGACCUGUCCAGCCCCAACAUGGCGAACACGGUGAACGCGGCGCUGAAGCCUCUGGAGACGCUGUCUCGCAUCGUCAACCAGCCCAGCAGCCUGUUCGGCGGGAAGGGCGGGUCCAGCAAGAGCAAGGCGGAGCACGAGACCGCGGGCGCCGUCCGGGACAGCACCAGCAACACGCAGGACCCCGGAGACCCCGGGGAGGCAGAGCCCGUGGAGGGGGCUGGCCCCGCCCAGGGCCCGGACAGUGACCUGAUGGACGGGGAGACGGAGGGAGACAGCGUGGUCAUCGCUGGCAGGCCUGAGGUCCUCGGCACGCAGGAGAUGCAGGUGGAGAACGAGCUGGUGGACCUCAUAGACGAGCUGUUGGAGAGAGAUGCUGGGACAGGCAACAGCACCAUCAUCGUUGGGCCCAGUGGUGAGGACGAAUCACAGGAGGAUGUGCUAAUGGACGAGGCCCCGUCAAUCAACCUGAGCCAGGCGUCCACUCUGCAGGCAAACAGAGAAGACUCCAUGAACAUCCUGGAGCCGGAGGAUGAGGAGCACACUCAGGAGGAAGACUCCAGCGGCAGCAACGAGGACGAAGACAGUCAGGACGAGGAGGAAGAGGAGGAGGAAGAGGAGGAAGACGACCAGGAUGAUGAAGAGGGCGAUGAGGACGAUGAUGACGAAGGCUCGGAGAUGGAACUGGAUGAAGAUUACCCCGACAUCAACGCCGCCCCGCACAUCCGCUUCGAGAGGUUCGACCGCGACGAUGACCUCAUCAUCGAGUUCGACAACAUGUUCUCCACCACAGCGGACAUCCCUCCCUCCCCAGGGAACAUCCCCAGCUCCCACCCCCUGAUGGUGCGGCACGCAGACCACGGCUCCCUCACCCUGGGAGGGGGCGGAGCCAGCAGCCGCCUGGCGCAGGGAAUGGGGAGGAGCCAGCGCACGCUCCGCCAGCUGACCGCCAACACCGGCCACACCAUCCACGUCCACUACCCCGGCAACCGCCAACCCAACCCGCCCCUGAUCCUGCAGAGGCUGCUGGGCCCCAGCGCGGCGGCGGACAUCCUGCAGCUCUCCAGCUCCCUGCCCCUGCAGUCCCGCGGCCGCGCCCGGCUGCUGGUGGGGAACGAGGACGUGCACAUCAUCGCCCGCUCUGACGACGAGCUGCUGGACGACUUCUUCCAGGAGCAGAGCAGCACGGGGGGGCAGGCCGGAACCCUGUCCAGCAUCCCCACUGCCCUGACCAGGUGGACCGACGAAUGUAAGGUGCUGGACGCUGAGAGCAUGCACGACUGCGUGGCAGUGGUGAAGGUGCCCAUCCUGCAGCACCUGGAGAGCCUGAGGGACGAGGAGCUGGAGGAGCGGCGGGAGAAGAGGAGGCGCCAGCUGGUGGAGGAGGAGGAGACCAAACAGAACGAGAAGAGCAGCGACCGAACUGAGGAGGGCCUGCAGGGCUCAGAGCUGAGAGCCGUCAACGGGCCGGAGCAGAGCGCAGCAGAAGGUGAACAGGGUCAGUGUGGAGUGGCCUCUUGCCUGGAUCCUCCCCGUGUGUCUGAAGGCUUCCUUACGGCACCCCCGUCGGGAGAAGCCACACCCACCACGCCCGCCCCUCCUCACCAGCCUGCCCUGGUCUCCCUGGAGACGGCCGUCAAUCAGCAGGUGCACCAGCCAAUCGGAGACCUGCUGGUGGCCGAGUCGCACGCUGACUCCCUGGUGGCCCUGGGGCUCCCCGAGAUGUCGGCGCCUGAUCGGCCCAACUGUGAGGUGGAGGCGUCACAGAUGGAAAUGUCCCCUGCGCCCACCAUUGCCUCUCUCAGCCCUGAGCAGGGCGAGGGCUCGGAGCCCCUGGCUGUGGGCGUGUCCCAGCUGGAGGGAUCGCCCAUGGACACCAGCAGCCCCGCCUCUGCCACUCAGGAAGACCCCACCCCCAUUUCUGCACAGGCCAGUCACACGUCACAGGAGCUGCCUGUGGGCGGGGCCAUCGCACAGACUGACAGGCAGACGGACGCAGAGGGCGGCUCCGUCUCCUCCCCCGGGGAGACCACGCCUCGAAACGAUAGCGCAGACAGCCAAUCGCAGGGCAUUCAGGAAGAACCCCUCCCAUCCACCAGCAAUGAGGAGGAGGACCCUCUGGCAGGCAUCAGUCUUCCGGAAGGUGUGGACCCCUCGUUCCUGGCUGCUCUCCCGGAGGAUAUCCGGCGUGAGGUCCUGCAGAACCAGUUGGGCAUUCGGCCCCCGGCCCGCCCCCCUGCCGCCCCCUCCCUCUCGCCCUCAGCCGCCCCCGUCCUGGCAGGUGGGCCCGGGGUCACCGAGGUCAGCCCUGAAUUCCUGGCUGCCCUGCCCCCUGCCAUCCAAGAGGAGGUCCUGGCCCAGCAGCGGGCGGAGCAGCAGCGGCGGGAGCUGUCCCAGCAGCCCCCGCAGGGCGACCAGCCGCUGGACCCGGUGACGUUCAUCCAGACGCUGCCGUCGGAGCUGCGGCGCAGCGUGCUGGAGGACAUGGAGGACAGCGUGCUGGCCGUCAUGCCCCCCGACAUCGCGGCCGAGGCCGCCGCCCUGCGGCGCGAGCAGGAGGCGCGCCAGCGCCAGCUCAUGCACGAGCGCCUCUUCGGCCACAGCUCCUCCUCCGCGCUGUCCGCCAUCCUGCGCUCGCCCGCCUUCAGCAACCGCCUGGGCAACCGCAACGUGCAGUACACCCGCCUGGCCGUCGCCCCCGGACGCUCCUUCCCCGUGGGGGGAGGACCCAACCACAGCCGUCCCUCCAGCUCCAGCGUGGACUCUCUGCUGCGUCUGAGGGGCCGGCUGCUCCUGGACCACGAGGCCCUGUCCUGCCUGCUGGUGCUGCUGUUCGUGGACGAGCCGCGGCUGAACACCAGCCGGCUGCACCGCGUGCUGCGGAACCUGUGCUACCACUCGCAGACGCGCGGCUGGGUCAUCUGCAGCCUGCUGUCCAUCCUGCAGCGCAGCAGCGAGAGCGAGCUGUGCAUCGAGACGCCGCGGCCCGACGACGCCCGCGGCAAGAGGGCCCUGGGCGCGGCCGGGGGCAAGGGCUCGGCCUCCUCCUCCGCCUCCUCCUCGUCCCUGUCCCUCUCCUCCUCCUCCUCCUCGUCCUCCUCCUCCUCCUCCUCCCUGGACCUGCUGAACAGGGUGGAGUCGCGCAGCUCCACCCAGCUGUCCUGGCUGUCCGUCUCCAUGGACGCGGCGCUGGGCUGCCGGACCAACAUCUUUCAGAUCCAGCGCGCGGCGGGGAGGAAGCACGCCGAGAGGCAUUCGGCCGCCGCGGCCGCGUGCGGGGCGGGAGGGCCGGGCGGGGGCAUGUCUGGGGCGGGAGGGGGCGCAGCGGGAGGCGUGAGCUGUGUGAGUGGAGGAGGCUCCACCGUGCACAUCCACCCUCAGGCUGCUCCUGUCGUCUGCCGCCACGUGCUCGACACCCUCAUCCAGCUGGCUAAGGUCUUCCCUAGCCACUUCACCCAGCAGCGCUGCAAAGACCUGCCUUCCUCCUCCUCUGAGCUGGACUCCCGUCUGGGCGUGGGGCUGGCUGCAGGAACGGGGAGCGGAAGCAGCCGGUCCCUGCCCUCGUCCCAAACCAUCGCCAUGGCCUCCUCCGCCCCCUCCUGCACCAGCAGCCCCCUGGUAGCGUGCACCGCGCCCGGCAUGCUCACCCCUCAGUCUCUGGGCGUGUCCACGGACUUCUGGGACCUCCUGGUCAAACUGGACAACAUGAAUGUGAGCCGGAAGGGCAAGGCCUCCAUGAAGGUGCUGCCCCCCGGCGGGCUGGGGGAGGCGGACGGGGCUCAGGGCAGCCUGGAGGCGUCUCCGCUGGGCCAGCUGAUGAACAUGCUGUCCCACCCGGUCAUCCGCCGCAGCUCCCUGCUGACGGAGAAGCUGCUGCGGCUGCUGUCGCUCAUCUCCAUCGCCCUGCCCGACAACAAGGCCACCGAGGUGUCCGCCCCCCACCCCGCGGCCCCGCCCGCCGCCCAGGCCGCCGCGGGCUCCGCCCCGGCCCCUCCCGCCCCCGCCCCGGCCCCCGCCGGCCCCGCCCCCGCCGCCCUGCAGGGCCCCGCCUCCGUCAGCGUCUCCGCUCCGACGCACCCCCCCGCCACUGCCAUCACCACGGUUACCACCUCCAGCUCGACGGUUCCCUCUACUGCUGCAAAGCAGCGCGUAUCGGUGUGCAGCCUUGACAGCGACGGUAAACUGGCCUCUACGGGACUCACAGAGAAGCAGCUGCAGCUCUCUGUGGAGGUGCUGACAUCACACUCGUGUUCAGAGGAAGGUUUGGAGGACGCCGCCAACAUCCUGCUGCAGCUGUCCCGCGGGGAUGCGCCCACACGCGACACUGUCCUCAGGCUGCUGCUGUCCGGCGCCCGGCAGCUCGGAUACACCCUCUGCAAGCAGAUAGGCACCCUAUUGGCUGAGCUGAGGGAGUAUAAUCUGGAGCAGCAGAGGCGCGCCCACGCUGACGCCCACUCCCCCGACGGCACGCCGGAUGACCCCGCCCACUCCCGGCUGAAGGGCAAGAUGCCCAGCAGGCGGGGGCGCAGGUUCGACGGGUCGGAGAGCGUGGUGAUCGUGGCGGCGCAGAAGCGCACCCUGGGCGGCCGGGAGCUGCAGCUGCCCUCCAUGAGCUCCCUGACCUCCAAGACGUCCACGCAGAAGUUCUUCCUGCGCGUGCUGCAGGUCAUCAUCCAGCUGCGCGAGGACACGCGCCGGGCCAACAAGAAGGCCAAGCAGAGCGGGAGGCUAGGUUCGUCCAGCCUGGGAUCGGCCAGCAGUAUCCAGGCAGCGGUCCGGCAGCUGGAGGCGGAAGCGGACGCCAUUAUUCAGAUGGUGAGGGAGGGGCAGCGGGCGCGCCGGCUACAGCAGGCUCCCCCUCCUUCCUCCUCCAACGCCGCCGUCACCGCUGCAUCCUCCAUAGCGGCCCCCCACCCCCCUGCCGUCGCCCCAGCCAACGCCCCCCCCGCCGGCACGGCCAGCGCUGCUACGUCGGAGGUCCAGUCAGCGUCGGAGCCUCCUCCCGCACAGAGAGACGACUCCCCCAUGGACGUGGACCAGCCGCCCCCUCUGGACCAGGAGCCCCCCCCUCUGGGUGGAGAGAGCAGCAGCCAAUCGGAGCCCGAGGAAAAGCUACCGGACCUCCCCCUCCUGAGUGAGCAGCUCCUAUUGGACGAGCUGUGGGACAUGCUGGGAGAGUGUUUGAAAGAACUGGAGGAGUCACAUGACCAGCAUGCGGUCCUGGUGCUGCAGCCGGCAGUGGAGGCCUUCUUCCUGGUCCAUGCGACGGAGCGCGAGAGCAAGCCCCCGGUGAGGGACACGCGGGAGAGCCAGCUGUCCCACAUCAAGGACGAGCCCCCGCCCCUGAGCCCGGCCCCCCUCACUCCGGCCACGCCCUCCUCUCUCGACCCCUUCUUCUCCCGGGAACCCUCCUCCAUGCACAUCUCCGCCAACCUGCCGCCCGACACGCAGAAGUUCCUGCGCUUCGCCGAGACCCACCGCACGGUUUUGAACCAGAUCCUUCGGCAGUCCACCACGCACCUGGCCGACGGCCCCUUCGCUGUGCUGGUGGACUACAUCCGCAUCCUGGACUUCGACGUCAAGCGCAAGUACUUCCGGCAGGAGCUGGAGAGGCUGGACGAGGGCCUGCGGAAAGAGGACAUGGCGGUUCAUGUGCGGCGGGACCACGUGUUCGAGGACUCCUACAGAGAGCUGCACCGCAAGAGCCCCGAGGAGAUGAAGAACCGCCUGUACAUAGUGUUCGAGGGAGAGGAGGGCCAGGACGCCGGGGGUCUCCUGAGGGAGUGGUACAUGAUCAUUUCUCGGGAGAUGUUCAACCCCAUGUACGCCCUGUUCCGCACCUCGCCCGGGGACCGCGUCACCUACACCAUCAACCCCUCCUCCCACUGCAACCCCAACCACCUCAGCUACUUCAAGUUUGUGGGCCGCGUGGUGGCCAAGGCCGUCUACGACAACCGACUGCUGGAGUGCUACUUCACCCGCAGCUUCUACAAGCACAUCCUGGGGAAGAGCGUCAGGUACACUGACAUGGAGAGUGAGGACUAUCACUUCUACCAGGGCCUGGUCUACCUGUUGGAGAACGAUGUAUCCACCUUGGGCUAUGAGCUGACGUUCAGCACAGAGGUCCAGGAGUUUGGAGUGUGUGAGGUGAGGGACCUGAAGCUCAACGGGGCGAACAUCCUGGUGACGGAGGAGAACAAGAAGGAGUACGUCCACCUGGUGUGUCAGAUGAAGAUGACAGGCGCCAUUCGGAAACAGCUAGCCGCCUUCCUGGAGGGCUUCUACGAGAUCAUCCCCAAGAGGCUGAUCUCCAUCUUCACCGAGCAGGAGCUGGAGCUGCUGAUCUCCGGCCUGCCCACCAUCGACAUCGACGACCUGAAGGCCAACACAGAGUACCACAAGUACCAGUCCAGUUCCAUACAGAUUCAGUGGUUCUGGCGGGCCUUGCGGUCGUUUGACCAGGCGGACCGCGCCAAGUUCCUGCAGUUCGUGACGGGCACAUCCAAAGUGCCUCUGCAGGGUUUCGCUGCCCUGGAGGGCAUGAACGGCAUCCAGAAGUUCCAGAUUCACCGCGAUGACCGCUCCACUGACCGGUUACCUUCCGCCCACACCUGCUUUAACCAGCUGGACCUGCCAGCCUAUGAGAGCUAUGAGAAGCUGAGACACAUGCUGCUGCUGGCCAUUCAGGAGUGUUCGGAGGGCUUCGGGCUGGCCUAGACACGUAGACUGUUCACACGCACAGACACACACAGGCACACACACAUGAAAACGCACACACACACACAUUUGAGCGCACGCACAGAUACUGGUCUGAAUUCUGAGACACACUGAAGUCACACAGACAUGACGUGUGAGAGAGCCACAAGUUUUGAACUGUUGUACAUUCACCUAAACUUCACCCAGACGAAUCAGACGCCCAUGGAGACGCACACGCAAACACAGACAUGGACACGCGUGUGCAAACACUGUCGAGGCAUUUACCGGAGCGCUCUUCUCAACGGCCCAGACACACUGGUAUCUUAUAAGUCAACCACAUCAGAUUGCCUAGCGCAUACAGCCACAUACUGACACGCAGACUCAUGUAGUGUCCUUGUGUGUCUGAGUGUCUCUCUCCCUCCCUGAUUAAAACUGCAAACCUGAGAAGAGAGAUUGAGGAGACUUGGACUAAUAUUAAGAUUUUUUUUUUCCUAUUUUGUUUUUCUUUGUGCGAAAGAUUUGGGGGAGUAUAUUAUACUUACUAAUUGUUUUUUUUUUUUUUUUUUUUCGCCUGUGUAAAAUGGAGAAGGGGUUUUGUGUGUGAGCGCCAUGGUUAUAAAAUUUUUGGAGGAAAAA